AUGCAGAGACUGGCUCUUAUCAUACUCUCCGCCGUUAUGCUUCUUCUAACGUUUCUUGGAUUCGUGUUUUCAAUCUUUGGAAUGCAGGUUCUUGUUUACCUAUUGGUGGUCACGGGAUGGAUUCUUGUGACCGGGACAUUCAUACUAUGCGGGAUCUUUCUUCUUCUGCACAACGUGACAGGGGAUACAUGCGUAGCAAUGAACCAGUGGGUCCAGAACCCGACUGCCCAUACAGCUCUCGACGACAUCCUGCCUUGCGUGGACAACGCCACCGCCCAAGAGACCUUGACCAAGAGCAAGGAAGUAUCAUCACAGCUCGUCACAUUGAUGAACACGGUCAUCUCCAACAUCUCCAACGCCAACAACGUCCCCAACUUCCUCCCGUUGUACUUCAACCAAUCAGGCCCUCCCGUGCCAAACGUGUGCAAUCCGUUCAAUCCCAACCUCACCAGCCGUGCUUGUGCACCCGGUGAGACCAACCUCAGCAAUGCCACUGAGGUGUUAGGUGGUUACGUCUGCCAAACAUCGUCGAACGGGAUAUGCACGACACAGGGCCGUCUGACGCCGGCCAUGCACACGCAGAUGGCUGCUAGUGUGAAUGUGAGCUAUGGCUUGUUUAAGUAUGGUCCUUUCUUGGCUAAUGUCCAAGACUGUAGUUUUGUGAGGGAUACGUUCUCGGCCAUAGAGGCCUAUCACUGUCCCGGACUGCGUAGGUAUAGCAAGUGGAUCUAUGUCGGGCUCGUGAUGGUUGCCCUCGCGGUCAUGCUGUCUCUGCUGUUUUGGGUCAUAUACGGAAGGGAGAGGCGCCACCGUGUUUAUACAAAGGCACACGCGCCUCAAGGAGCACCGGGUUUCGAUGAAGACAAGCAUGCUUAGGUUUUGAGGGGCCAUGCAUUGGUGCUUCAAUUGAUGAUUUUGGCUUCAUUUGUAGCAUAACUUCAUUUGCACUGUUGUUUUAGGUGUAGAUAUAUAUUUGUAUUAGUACAUCACAAGUUAUGUUAAUAGUUUUCAAUUGUCAAACGCUCUCAAAUUUAGAGAUAAUUAAGUCUUGUGUGUUAGACGAAAAAUACACUUUAGUUGAUAUUACGUUUUUUUAUUGUAUAAAUUAAGACGCAUAGGAGGCCAUAAUUUGUCACCAUGGGAUAAUCUGCCUUUUAAGUACAAAACAUCAGAUGAGAUCAUGAGAACAUAUUGAAAAUUUAUAAUAUCGUGUUAAAAUGACGGGUUGAAGCAUUAAUUAUAAAAUAAUUCUAUAUUGUAGAAACAUAAUUAUUGUUUUACACUUAGAUUUAUUAAUUAUAUAAAAAAAUGUUCGGAAUCGAAUCAAAUUUAGGUCUACAAAGCCAAAACACAAGCCACCCAUUUCUAUUCUUGUAUCCUUAUCUCUACAUUUUAUAAUGCCAAUUAUAUAUGCUGAAUGAGCUGGCUAAUGUUGGAUAUAACACCCAAAAACAAUAUUUACCCCAUUUUAAUAACUAAUACUAUUGAAUUAAAUAUUCAAUAAUGAAGGCUUGAUAUUUUGAUUAUUAAUUCAAUUCGAGCAAGUUGGUAUUGAAAAUUAAUAAUAAUACUAAAUAAUUUCAUAUGAUACGCAAUUGCGGACAGAUGAAUAUAUUAUAAACUGCACUAGGUGAUUGUGGGAUUUUGUGACAAGUUGAGCCCAUUUUUUGCAGUUUUUUCUUAUUCAUUUCGUUACAAUUAUUGAGUUUACUAUUUCCCGUUUUCAAUUGUCACAUUAAUAUUAACCGUUACCGUGGCUUCUGUCCGAAAAAGGCGACACAUGACUAUUAAUAUUAAAUUUUCAUUGUCACAUUAAUUCUAUAUGGAUUUACAAUUUUCUCUAUAUUCGGAAUUAAAUAUCCUAUUUACUUGAAGAAAAACAAAUGUGAGCAGAAUCUUUAGGUGUGCAUUUUUUCUCCACUCCCAGAAAUAAUCAAUUUAGGCACCAAAUUACAUGUUAAACCCAUCCAAAUUGAUAUAAUUGAGUUUGACUAUAAUUAUAAACCUAAACUACAUAAGGAACAAUUAAAAAGGAACUACAUGCUUUACCAAAAAAAAAGGAACUACAUGUGAAGAUAAAUGUCAAAACGAACAAACCGCCACGAAAUAUUAAAUAACCAAUAAAUAUAUUGCUAGUGAAAUUCUGAUUUCUCUUCCUACCACCAUUAACCCAAAUAUUUAUUCCAAACAAAAUUGAUGAAACACACGACCCCAACAAUUUGUACUACUACCUAAUAUUUCAAUUUUAGAAAUUCACUCAAUCACCCUCUCCGUCCCGAUGAUAACAUUUUUUUCUUGACACGUUUCAUUCAUAAUGACACAUUUUUUUAAAAUACAAAUAUUAUUCUAUAUUUUAUCUACAUUCAUACUUUUACUCACUUUUACUCUGCUCACUUAAUUUAUAUAGCAAAACUUUAUACUAGUAUUAUCAAAUAGUAAGAAAUAUUUCGUUUAAAAUGGAACAUAGAGAGCAUUACUUUCUUCAUCCUAAGAGAGUUAAGUUAUACUCCUUUCGCCCCUGUAAUUGUUCACUUUAGUUUUGAUGCGGUUUUAAGGAACGUAAAGAAAAUAAAUUGAAAAAAUUAAUAAAAUAGUAUACUUCUUAAUUUUAUAAAAAAUGUGAGUAAAAUGAGUUAGAGAAAUAUGUAAUCUACUAAUCAUCUAUGGUAAAAAAAAAUAAAAGUGAUCAAUUAAUAGAGUUGAUUGAUAUGAUAAAAGUGGACAAUAUAACUUUUCGAACAAAACAUUAUAUUCUCUCUUCAUUUUAACUUUUAAAAUAAAAUUUUAAAAUUACUUAUCCAAAAUAAAUGAUUUAAAUCACUUGGAACAUAUGAAUAUCACAUUAUCACUCAUUAAAUUACUCUUCUCCCCAAUUAGCUAGAGACGAAAAAAAUAUUUGUUUAGUAUUCAUUGCUUAGAGAUGUGUGCCAACUGGAUAAUUCUGUUAUCCAACACAUAUCAUAUACUCCCUAUUUCACUGAAACCACUAAAUUUUGUGAAUGUGUAAAUAAAAAGUAUGCAUAUGUGUUGUCUAUAUUCAUAAUGGGUAUUUAUGGCCUCUCCAAUUGGCCCACAUCCAACCAUGUCAUGUCCAGCUGCCUCUAGACCUUAACCACGUCCAAAUUCGUAAAUAGGAGUAUUCAUUAAAGUUUUUUCUUUUUCUGUAUUUAAUACUAUUUUUAUUUUUGUUUAUGUUUUACUGUUUAUAUAUUUAUGUUAAAUUUCAGAUAGUAAUUCAUUCACAGUAUGUCAACAUUACUUCCAAAUGUCCAGCUGGCAAUCAUUUCCGCUUCCAAACUGAUCUACUUUUUUUCUUCCCUCCCUUUUUACUUUUUUUUAUAGUAUAGCUUUUAUGGAAUACUUGUAAUUCUAUUUUUUUUAUUUUGAUUCUUGAAGCAAAAAUUUAGCAUUCUUUCUAUACUUACUCCAGUAAAUAGGAGUACUAUAUUACCAUCAUUUUCUUCUCUUCAAAAGUGAUGAUCUCAUUUUGUAUAUUUUUAUUUUAUUUAAAUCGAGAAUAUUUUAUGUUGGAUUUUACUGUGGUCUCCCCGCAGUAACUUUCGAAAUAUACUGUCCAAUCCACCGGCAUCAACUUCCGUAAAAUCAACAGAAUUCUAUUUUUAGUAAUUUCCAUCUCCCAAAGCUGAGGUGAAAAAAAUAGUCACAAAAUCAUCCAUAGCCUCUAACUUCGAGUUCCACGAUAAUCACUCCCCCAAUACUUGCACGCAACACUCCUCAGAUCUCAACACAGUUGAAAAAUUAACAUUAAAAAUUAAUAACAGUAACAAAUAAUGAAAUAUUGAAACAAACGAACGGAACUUACCUCAUACGAACGAUGAAACGGACGAACGGAUUCACGGAAACGAUACGAUACACGUAACGGAAU